UCGUUAAUACCUUUAUUGCAUACAGAAAUUCAUUGUAGGCAGUUAAAUUUCCACUUCAACAAAUACCUCAAAUAAUGGCGCGAUACGACUUGAAAGCUUUACGAUCUGAUCUUUGUAAAGAGUUGGCGAACGGAUUUCAGAAAGAGUCCGUAGAAAUGGUAAAGCAGCUACGGUCCAAGUACAAAAGUCACCCAGGGGACUGGGAGGGAAUGGAAAUCUGGAGCAAGGACAAAUAUACCCGUACCUUAUUAGACAACGGGAAUGGACAUUACAACUUGCUGAUAUUAUGCUGGAAUUCCGGUCAGAAAAGCCAAAUACAUAAUCAUCCAAAUUCCCACUGCUUUAUGAAGACCCUUAAGGGAGAGGUGUUCGAAGAGCUGUAUAAGAAUCCGGAUAUGACGUCAUGUGAAAGGUCUUGUGGAUGUAAAAUGGAGAAGAUAAAAGACAGCGUUUACAGUUUAAACGACGUGGCUCUUAUCACUGACGCAGACGGUCUUCAUAGAGUUGGGAGCAAAAGUCAAACAGAAGGUGCUGUUACUUUACAUCUUUAUUCCCCGCCAUUUUCCUCGUGUCGGACGUAUGAUGACGACACAGGCAAAUCGACAGAGGUUUCGAUGGAGUUCGACAAGGAUUUAAGCCAACAGUGCUGCGCACGUUCCUGUUGUGGAAAAUAA